ACGAAAACUGUUUUGAGUCACUGAAUUUGCAAAGGGUAGCCUUAAAGUAAAAUUACUAAAAUGGCCUCGAUCUCCUCUGCAGUAGCCACUGUCAGCCGUGCUGCCCCCGCUCAAGCCGUGGCUCCGUUCACCGGCCUCAAGUCCAACUCUGCUUUCCCUGUCACCAAGAAGGCUAACGACUUCUCCUCCCUUCCAAGCAACGGUGGAAGAGUUCAAUGCAUGAAGGUGUGGCCACCUCUAGGGCUCAAGAAGUUCGAGACUCUUUCAUAUUUGCCCCCUCUAUCUGAUGCUUCUUUGGCUAAGGAAGUUGACUACCUUCUCCGCAACAAAUGGGUUCCUUGCUUGGAAUUCGAGUUGGAGCACGGUUUCGUCUACCGUGAGCACCACCACUCCCCCGGAUACUAUGAUGGACGCUACUGGACAAUGUGGAAGUUGCCUAUGUUUGGGUGCACUGACUCAGCUCAGGUCAUGAAGGAGAUCGGAGAGUGCAAGAAGGAGUACCCCAACGCCUUCAUCCGUGUUAUCGGAUUUGACAAUGUUCGCCAAGUGCAAUGCAUCAGUUUCAUUGUUUCCAAACCACCAGGCGUUCUCUAAGCGAUUUAAUCUGGUUAUAAUGGGUUGGGUUUGUUGAACCUUUAGGGUUCUUCAUUAAUUUCUUUUUACUUAUAUGCGAAUUUGUCGAUUUUCAGAUUUUCUGUAUGUUUCGUUGUUCAUUCCCGAAUUUGUAUGAGGUGGAUAAAGGGAAACGUAUAAAAUAUUUAUUUGUGGUUAAA